GCCCCUGGCCUCCCGCUGCAAGUCCGGGCUGCUGCGUCGGACGCCAAGGGGGACGGUUUCUUCUUAAAGGAGAAACAGCAGCGGCGCGCGCGCGGUGGGCCCCGGUCUUCCCGCGGCUCUCGGAGGGAGCACGCGGGACCGGGAGGCGCACGCGCAGUCUAGGCGAAGGCGGGUUGGGGUGCGCAGGCCCGGGCGCGCAUGGCCUCUCCGGUGGCAGAUGCAUCCCGUCGGCGGCGGGAGAAGCGUAGGCAGCUGGACGCGCGCCGCAGCAAGUGCCGCAUCCGCCUGGGCGGCCACAUGGAGCAGUGGUGCCUCCUCAAGGAGCGGCUGGGCUUCUCCCUGCAUUCACAGCUCGCCAAGUUCCUGUUGGACCGGUACACUUCUUCAGGAUGUGUCCUCUGUGCAGGUCCAGAGCCGCUGCCACACAAGGGUCUGCAGUACCUGGUGCUCCUGUCUCAUAGACACAGCCGGGAGUGCAGCCUAGUGCCUGGGCUUCGGGGGCCUGGAGGUGGAGAUGGGGAGCUUGUGUGGGAGUGCUCAGCAGGCCACACAUUCUCCUGGGAACCUUCUUUGAUUCCUACACCUUCAGAGGUGCCUAAGCAGCACCCCCUUACACACACAACUGAGAGAACCUGGUGCUCAGAGGCCAGGAGGAAGCAGGAGCCUGAAGGUUUGGAAUGUGAGCAGCAUAAAAGAACUCAAGAAACCAGGCUGUCCAGGGGAGUAGAAUCCCCAUUGGAGACCUUCCCACCCCCAGGAGAGGAACAGGAUGUGGAAGAAGAGGAUGAGGAUGAGGAUGAAGAGCUGCUCAGUGAUGCCAGCCCAUGGACCUACAGCUCCUCCCCAGAUGAGCCAGUUGGGAUUGAGGGAGGAUGCUGAACAGAUUGAGAAAGGGGGAGGCAGCUAGCACCUUUAAUUCAGAGAUGUGUCAGCUGGAGGGAUGGACAUGUAGGGUGGG